AUGAGUUCUAACGACUUAAAUAUUGAGCGGUGGUUAGAAGAAGAUCUAUCAGAUGAAGAAAACAUACCAAACGAAGAAUGUAGCGACUUGGAUUGUGACGUAGACUUGAAUCAUGUGUUAGAAGAAAGUUAUGGAUCAGAUUCCAAAUAUGAAGAGACAGCUGAGAGGGAAAAUUCUUUGUGUCAAAAUUCUUUAUCAUCGAUUCCAACAGAUGAUGAGCCUCUAUCACAAAUGCGAUUGCGGCCAAGGAAAUAG